CUCAGAAUAAGAUUUAUUGUGAGGCCUUAUCUGUUACUGGUGAUUAAUUAUUAGACAGUAAUGUUUUUAUAGCUGUGGAAUCUGUGGAUGUGAUAAUUCCUAGAGAAUAAUGGUGUUUGAACUGGCUACAUAUUGAUAUUUUUAAAAUGUUCAUAUAUGUUGCAUUACAAAGAUCUUUCAUAACUUUUACAAUUCUUCUUUUGUAUUUCUAUAAUAAUAUCAGUUUUUAGAUAUCUAACAUAAUAAAGCUAUGUUUAUCUCAUUGACUGAUGACUGACUUAAGUUACUGACUCACUAAAAUAAAAAGUUUGAAUAAAAAUAGAUUUCUUACAGACAAAUGAAAUGACAUCUUUUUUCAACUGUGCUAAAUAUAUUAUCAGAAAAAUCUGAAAUCUCAAUAAUAAUAAUAAUUUGUGCUAUAAGUUAUCAUUUACAGCUUUACCAUUUUACCAUAAGCAUGUGAAUCAGAAUGAAUGAUUGCAUCAAUCAAGUGACAUUACUUGGAAGAGUUGGAAUGGAUCCUCAAAUGAGAGGUUCUGAAAGUAAUAAAGUCCUUAUAUUCACUCUGGCAACUAAUACAAAUUAUAAAUAUGGUUCAGGAGAAACUCGACAGAAGACAGAAUGGCAUAGAAUCUCAGUUUUUAGGGAACAUUUACGUUCAAAUUUGAAUCAGUAUUUGAAAAAAGGUUCCCGUGUAUUUGUUCAAGGGAGAAUAAUGUAUGGUGAAAUAAAAGAUUCUAGUGGGAUUUCUCAUGUUACAACAACAAUUGUUGCAGAUGAUGUAGUAUUUCUUGGUGAUUCACGCAGCAGACAAAUAGAACAAGAUGAAGAUUAAUAUAUUAAACUUGUGAUUUUAAAAAUGUUUUCAGUUUGCAGUCUAAUGUUGUAUAUUUGUCAAUAAAGAUUCUAUUUCUAA